AUGAAUUCCAAAGCAUCCUCUUUGAUUUCGACCCAAUCAGCGCGUGUUAUGGCUCCUUCAAAAAUCUCCAACGGCAGCCACCACCAAGGCAGCCAAAUCCCGAUGAUUCCGAUGCCGUCGGUGAGCAGCAACGGUGGCAACGGAAGCUCGACUACAACAUUUCAAAUGCCACUGCAUUACCCGAGAUUCAAGAAGGCUGAUUACGAGAAGAUGCCGGAAUCCCAACUGGACUGCCUUCUCAGAGAAUACGGGCUUCUGACCACAUCAAUCGGAGACCUUGAUCAGAAGCGGAAGUUUGCCGUGGGUGCUUUCCUCUGGCCUGAUGAGUAUUGA